AUGCUUCAUCCAAAUUUUCAAUUAAACAAAUUUUUAAAUGAUAAACGUAUGCAAGAAAGGUAUGAUUGGAUUUUUUCAAUGACAACAUUACUUGAAAAAAUUACACAAUGUAUUGAAUCACGUGAACGUAUUGUAAUGAUCUUUGAACAAUUACCUGGCACGCUUUAUCUCGAAGGUGUUUAUGAUGAAGUUCGAAAAGUUGAUCCUAAUACAAAUCAAUUACGUUUUAAAUUUAUUGAAUUAUUUCUUCAAAUAUCCAAUAAAUUUCUUGCUAUGAUACCUCAUUCAGCUGAUGGUUUAACAAAAAUUUUUGAACGUAUUGAAUUACAAUUGUCUAAAAAUCAAUUUGAAUCACGUGAAUACGAAGAUGCAAAAGAAAUCCUUGUUGAAGUACUUCAACAAGUAAAAGAAAUUGAAAAACGACAAGAAUUACUAAAUCCAAAAACAUCUAAUACUACCAUUCAAAAUAAUAUUGGUCAACCACCUGAUCAUUAUCGUCAAUUACCCAUAAUUCCCGAUGUAAUGGAAAUUUUAUCUGAACAACGAACAUAUCUUCGAAAAAAUAUUGUUGAUGGGAUUUAUGAAAAUGCUGAGCAAUAUCUUGAUAUUCAUUUUCGUCUUUUACGUGAAGAUUUUAUUGGACCAUUACGUGAUGGUAUUCAACAGUAUUUAUCCAAAGUUAAAGGAAAAAAUUUUAACGUGCGAAUAUACGAAAAUGUUCAUUCACUUGGUCCACGAUUAACGCCACGAGGUGGAGUUGCUUAUGAUUUAUGUUUGGAUACAAGAGUAGCAUCAAGAAUUUCUUGGGCUAAUAGUCGACGUUUAAUGUAUGGAAAUUUAUUACUUCUUACAUUUGAUAAUUUUCGAUCAUGGGCAUUUGCCACAGUUGAAGAUCGUUCACAAGUUGAAAGACGUUUUAUUAUAUCAGUUAAAACAUUAGAGAAAUUUCAUCUUGAUGAACAAACUCAAAUUAAUCUUGAUAAAAUUGAUUCUUCAUGUUCUUUAACAAUGAUUGAAACAAUGACAUAUUUCGAAGCAUAUCGUCCAGUUCUAAAUGCAUUACAAAUGAUACCUUCUGAUGAUAGAUUUCCUCUUGCUCCAUUUCUUCUUAAAUUAACAAAUGCAAUGACACCACCAGAUUAUCUUACAUCAACAACAACAUAUGAUUUUACACCACUCCUUGUUGAUCCAAAUUCAGAUGUUAAAGCAAAUUUCAUUAUUCAUGAAACAUAUUCAACUCCUUCUUAUAAAAGUCGAAAGUUAAUUAAAUCUAUAACUGUAGAAGGAUUUAGAAUAAAUUAUAAACAAUCAGAUCAAAUUGAAGAAAAAUAUAAAAACGUUUUAAUACUUAAUAAAGAUGAAUGGCCAACAAGUGAACAAUUACAUCUUAAUCCAAAACAACGCGAAGCUUUAAUGUUAGCUUUGACAAAUAAAGUUGCACUUAUACAAGGACCACCGGGUACUGGAAAGACUUUUCUUGGUGUACGUAUAACAGAAAUGCUUUUACAUAAUCGAUCAGUUUGGUGUCCACGUGAUGAACAAUCAACACCAAUUCUUAUGAUAUGUCAUACAAAUCAUGCACUUGAUCAAUUUUUAGAAUUAAUUGUUCAACGUUUAAACAUACGUGAAGGUAUUAUUCGUGUCGGAAAUCGAUGUCAAAACCCAAAAAUUCAACAUUUUUCAUUAUUUAAUGCACGGCAACUUGCUCGAGAGAAUCGUUCUAUACCUGGUAAUAUCUAUCAACACAAACAUGUAUUAUUAGUGGAAAAAACAGAGGCUGAAAAAGAUUUAAAAUUACAGCAAUAUAAGAUGAAAAUGUCACGAAUACAUAUACUACCACUUUCAUCAUUUACUGAGUAUUUUAUUAUUGAUCCUAGACAUCAUGCAUCAUUAUUAGCACCAUAUAAUGGUGAUAUGGUUGCAAUAGCAUUAUUAGAAUGGCUUGGUCUUGGUACUGGAUUUGUACAAAAAUCUGAUUAUUUUACUUACAAAGAAAAUCUAGGAACAGAUAUUUCAUCAAUGGAAAUCAAUGAUGAAGAUGAAUUAAAUGAAGAAGAAGAACAAGAACAAGAACGUAGACGAGAUGAAUUUGAUGUGGAUGAAUAUGAAUAUUUUCCUUCAUCACCUGAAACAAUCAUAGUAAAUCGCAUGGAUAUAGAAACAUUUUCAAAAGAUAAGGAUGAUCAUAAAAGAGGACGGCAAAGUGUACAAAAAAACUCGGAUGAUAUUCAACGAUUAAUUCAAUAUAUCGUCCAAAAUCCUACAAAUCUUACUGAUGAAACAGUUACACAAAUAGAUACUGAUGUUUGGCGACUUUCUAAGAUUCAACGUUAUGAUUUAUAUCGAUAUUGGCUUUCAAAAUAUCGACAACAUUUACAUUUUUCUGUUCAUAAUGCUAGCCAAGGAUAUAAUCAAGUUGUAUCAGCUCUUGCUAAAUAUCGUCAAGAAGAAGAAGACUAUCAUAUUUUAAAAGAUAGUAUUAUUGUUGCUAUGACCACAACAUGUGCUGCAAAUUAUCAUACAGUUUUAGAAAAACUUCAGAGUAAAAUUGUUAUUGUGGAAGAAGCAGCUGCAAUAUUUGAAGCACAUAUCAUAACUGCUUUAAGUACAAAAUGUCAACAUUUAAUUUUAGUUGGUGAUCAUGUACAAUUAAGACCUAAUCCAAGUGUCUAUCGUCUUGCAAUGAAAUAUAAAAUUGAUGUAUCAUUAUUUGAACGUUUGAUUAAAAAUAAUUUUCCAAAUGUUCGAUUAAAUAUUCAGCAUCGUAUGCGACCAGAAAUUGCUCGUCUUAUGAAACAUUUUUAUGCUGAUUUGGAAGAUCAUAUAAGUGUUAAAACUAAUCGGGCACUACAUCGUAUGCGACCAGAAAUUGCUCGUCUUAUGAAACAUUUUUAUGAUGAUUUGGAAGAUCAUAUAAGUGUUAAAACUAAUCGAGCACCAGUACGUGGUGUUGAUAGUGAUGUAUUUUUUAUUAAUCAUAAUCAUCGUGAAACACCUGUUGAUGAUGGAAGUUCAAUACGAAAUGAAUUUGAAGCGAAAUAUGUUAUUGGAUUAGCAGAAUAUUUAAUUAAACAAGGUUAUGAACCGAAACAAAUAACUAUACUUGUUAUGUAUCUUGGUCAAAGACAAUUGAUUGCUAAACAAGCAAAACAAAUCCGAUGUUUACAUGCUGUUCGAAUUAUGGUAACAGAUAAUUAUCAAGGUGAAGAAAAUGAUAUAAUUAUAUUAUCAUUAGUUCGCAGUAAUUUAGAGAAAAAAAUUGGUUUUCUUAAAACACAUAAUCGAAUAUGUGUAGCUUUAUCACGUGCACGUUGUGGACUUUUUGUUAUUGGAAAUAUGGAUUUAUUAGCAGAAAUUGAUGAUAAAUGGAAGCAAAUUAUUUUAUCUUUAUCGGAAACAAAUGAUAUUGGAAAAGGUUUAUCUCUUUCUUGUCGACAACAUUCAAAAGACAAAUUUAUUGCUGAUAAAGCUGAAUCUUUUGCACAACGUUCAGAAGGUGGUUGUCGUAAAAUAUGUGAUGGACGACUUAAAUGUGGUCAUCGUUGUGAAUUGAUGUGCCAUAAUUAUGAUUUUGAACAUAAACAUGUAGUUUGUCGUAAAAAAUGUUAUGAACCAUUAUCAUGUGGUCAUGUAUGUAAAAGACAAUGUCAUAUUGAAACACCAAAUCAACAUGAUCUAUGCCGUAUUAUUGUUGAAAAAAUAAUUCCAGAAUGUGGUCAUGAAACUUCUAUUGAAUGUUGUGAAAUACCGAAUGUCAAGAAUUGUAAAAAGUCAUCAUCAAAACGAUUAUCUUGUGGUCACGUUGUUGAUGUUCCAUGUCGCAGUAUUUCAUCACCAUAUGAAUUAAAACGAUUUCCUUGUCCAGAACCAUGUGUUGCAAUACUUGCUUGUAAACAUAAAUGUACUGGAAAAUGUGGAGAUUGCCAUGCAGGACAAUUACAUGUUGCAUGCGGGCAAAAAUGUGAACGUGAAUUAAUAUGUUCACAUGUAUGUAAAGCAUUUUGUGCAACGAAUUGUCCACCAUGUUUACGUGUAUGUGAAACACGUUGUGUACAUUCUCAAUGUAAAAAGAAAUGUGGAGAUUUAUGUACACCAUGCAAAGAGCCAUGUGCUUAUAAAUGUAAACAUCUUCGAUGUACUCGUCUAUGUUCUGAACCAUGUGAUCGUGUUCCAUGUAAUGAACCAUGUAAUAAGAAAUUAGAAUGUGGUCAUAGUUGUAUUGGUAUGUGUGGUGAACCAUGUCCUCGACAAUGUCGUAUAUGUCAUAAACGUAUUGUACAAUAUAUAUUCUUUGGUACUGAAGAUGAACCUGAUGCACGCUUUGUUUUCUUACCUGAUUGUGGACAUAUAAUUGAAGUAACUGCACUCGAUAAAUUCGUUAAAGAUUUUGUAAAUGAUUCGAAUAACAAAACAGCUAUUCGUUUUCCUGAAUGUCCACGUUGUCGAGAAAAAAUUCAUCGUUGUACACGAUAUAUGCCAAUUAUAAAUCAAGUACAUAAUUUAAUAUCUCAAGUUAAAAAGAAAAUUUUAGGGAAUAAAUCUCAAGAAGAAAUAAAUCAUCGUCGAAAACAAUUAAUAAUAGAAUAUGAAAAAAUGAAAACUAAUUUAAAAGAAAUUAUUCUUAAUGAAUCCAACAAAAACUUUUUCUAUGUAUUAUAUAAAGAAAAUGAUUUCUUUUCUGAUGAUAUGUUAAAUUUAAUGGUAAAUAUUAUUAUAUUUCUUAAUGAAAUUGAUACAAUUUUAAUUGAUGGACGUAAACGAUUACAAGGACAUAUAUUCGAAGAUUUGGUUAAUUUUCCAUUACGUCAUAUUGUGAAAUAUUUAUUUACACAACGACAUGAUAGAAAUUUUGCUGAACAACAAUUACAAGAUAUUCAAUCGGAAUUGAAACGUAUUCGUCGAGUAAUUUAUAUUGGAAGUCUUGUUUUUUCAUUAAAACGAACUUUAGAAGAACACGAAAAAGAUGGUAUCGAUUCUAUGCAAUAUUUAACAAAAAAAACUAGUCCGUUUACUGACGAAGAUCAAGAAAAAUUUGAUGAUUUAGUUAAAACAUUUGAAUAUUUAAAUAAUUUACCUGGUUUAGGAAUAACUGAAAAAGAACGAAUAGCUAUUGUUAGUGCAUUAAAUAUCUCAAAAGGUCACUGGUAUGUUUGUCCCAAUGGUCAUCCUUAUAUUAUUACUGAAUGUGGUGGUGCUAAUCAAGAAAGUCAAUGUUCUGAUUGUGGAGAACGAAUUGGUGGACAAAAUCAUCAUUUAUUAGAAACAAAUCGUCAUUUUAGUUUAAUGGAUGGUGCCCAAUAUGCAGCCUGGUCAAAUGAAGCAAAUUUAAAUUUACCUCAGCCACGUCUCUAA